UAAAAGAGAGGGAGAGAGGAGACCGCCUCCUCAUUUAUACAGCUUCACUUUAAGAGAUUUCAGGAGUCAAACAAGACCUUCGCUAACUUUACACGGCCCGUUUCUUCGUCGAUGUUAUGUCUUUAAUUUCUGGACUUAACAUGACCGAAAACAUGACUCUUCCCUACACCCAAACCGUGAGGACUCUCAAAACCGUGAACGUCUCGGGGCAGAGCUCACCGACGCUCUUGUCACCCACUCCGGUCGCUAUAAACGAAGGCGCGACGACCUACCGAACGGUGAAUUUCUCGGGAGCUCAGCUGCAGCCGGUGCAGUACAUUAACAGCGCGGUGGACGGAAAUGUUGUGUAUGGCGGAGGCGCGCGUUACCUGGUGCCCGUACAGCAGCGGCCCGCGGAGUCGUUCGUGUACUUGAGUCAGGCGCCGCGCGUCGUCUCACCGGUGUACGUACAGAACAUACAGCCGGUGAGCGUCAGCAACUUCGACGAGACUGACGUCUACAGACAAGUAAGCUUCAAUGGACAAACUUCUUCUGUCUUCAGCCAGUCCUCCAGUCCAGUCAAGAGCCCUGAACCCUCAGAGCCAGAGUUGGAGGAGCACAACAGCUUCAGGAAGGAGGUUGUGGAGGUGAAGAAUGGUCUUUCCACUGAGACGAUCACUCAGGAGAUCGAGGUGCAACCGGUUGCCAAGAUGGAUAACCGCUACUUUGGGGAGCUUCUUGCCGAUGUCUUCCGCAAGAACUGCGACAUUCACACCUACAUCUCUGAGCAUGUGAACAAGAUCCGGGGAAGGAAACACCUUCUGGACCCCACCAUUGACUACAAGGUGGAGAAAGAAGAAAUAGAGGCUCUUAUUCCUAAAGGAGGGUCUGAAUUGACAAAGCAACAGAUCCGCUACCUGCUGCAGACUCGUAUGACGGCUGAUAAGACCAUGCGUCUUUUGUUGACCACAUUCGGCAGUCUGCGAGAAGAGCUUAUGCAUCUGCAGGAGGAUCUGAGGCGUCUGGAGAGUGAGAAGGAGGAGCUGGAGAGAGAUCUGAGCUUUAAAUCCAAUCAGGCUUCGGAGUAUGACAGACUACUGGAGAACGUACGCGAGCACAACAGACAACUGCAGGUGGCUGUGAAAGAGAGUAACAGUGCUCAGCGUACUUUAGAGAGCCAGCUCCUGGUCCUCCAGAGCAAUGAACCCAGCAAAGACUUCCGCAUCAAAGAGCUGGAGGGCAGCAAGAGAGCUCUUGAGAAUGAGAAUGAGCUCCUGAGGAAGAAGAUGGCUGGUCAGUGCAGUAGUUCCACUGUCCAAAUCAAAACACAGGAGCUGUCCAAACAGUAUGAACAGAUGCUGAAUGAACUACGAGAGGAGAAGGAGAGAGAACUCAAGAGCUUGCGGUCUCAGCUGAUAAAGAUUCAGACAGAGCGCACCACCAUCACAAACACCUCUGACAGUAGCCUGGAACUGCGUAUCACUGAGCUCCUCACCAAACUCGAGCAACGUGAAAGUGUCAUCAGACAAAAGGAGGAGGAGAUCAGACGACUUAAGCAGCAGAAGAGUGACAGUUCCAGCAGUACGUCGAAAACGUUCAUUACCAAGAGUUACACGAACCAGUACCCUAUUCUGGGUCUGCUGAGUGACGAUUACCAGUUCACACCACCCAUUAAGGAGGACAGGACUGUCAUCAUUGAGAGCACUGGAGGGAGUACCAGACGCAUAUUCUAGGCUGUAACAUUGGGAUUUGUUUGGAAUCAACCGUAAGAAGACCCCGAGGCCUCCCCAUUUCCUUGCCCAGAUGCGAUUCCCUGGCUUUCACACUGCAUGCUGCCCUCUCCCUCAUCCUAGAGGCUGCUAAUGGUGAUGAUGGCUCUAACAUUUAAUGCUUGACCUGUAGAGUUUUAAAAUGUGUGUCCUUUCUUCAUAUGUUCCACCAAAACCUUCAGCAGACUCUGGUCAGCACUACUAUAUGCAUGUAUAUAUUUGGAGGUAAAUGUACCCUUACUUGUAGUCCAGUAUUGUCUGUAAUGUAAAUGGUGGUUGUUGGUUUUCUUCUCAUUUAUUUGGUUGUGCUAAUUUGGGUAAUUUUAUGAUGUUUUUUUUUUUUGCCUUUUAUGUUUAUGUUCUGAAAACAUCAGAGAGGUGAUGCUUUAUAUGCAAAGGGAUGCAUACAUGCAAUAGUGGUCCACUGAAAUAGGCUUUUUUUAUGGCCGAUGCCGAUAUCUGCAAAGCAGAGUGACCCAUGGCUGAUAUAUUGAAAAUGACCAAGAGAUAUACUCAAAAUGUUGAAAUAAACAUUUAUUUUACAUAAAACGUUUUUCAAAAUUCAGAAAAAAUAUUUGAAAACCUCUAGCUACAUUAUUGAUUUAAAGCUCUCGGUAAAGGCACAGUUAUUGGCCUAUGCUGAUAGUCUAAAAAUGCUAGAUAUCUGGCAAUUAAUCGGCCUUGCCAAUAUAUCAGUUGACCAUUAAUAUGGAAUUUAAGAUGGUGAGGGUUUUUACUGCUUAUAAGUGGUUUACGCCGAAUGGGAUAACAGUGAUGGGUUUAAACUCUGCAAAAAUCUUACAGAUUGGAUAAAUCACUGCUGUAUUUAACAUAAUAGAUAAAAUAGAUUAUUAUGGCUCUUAAAAUGUCGUUUUUGCCCUAUUUAUCACUGUCUAAACAUACAUAGGAAAAAAUAUUUUUAAAGGAAAGUAAGCUGCUGGGAGUAUUUCUGUUAUGGUAUAUAGAGUCUAUUUCUACAGUGUCUGCUGUAGUUCUGAGUCAUUCUGUUUUUCACUCAUGUGUUUUCCACCGCUCUUAAUAUUCAAUGUAAUGAGCCUAAAAGGAAUCUUGGACUUCAAGGUACAUUCUGUUGUAUUUAAGUGUAAAGUUUUGCUGGGUUUACAGUGCAAAUUGUUUAAUUACAGUGCAAAAUGUCAAGAUUUAGUUUUGCUCAAGUUAGUGGUUUAGAGAGAAUGGCAAGAAGAGAGCCUUUCCUGAUGUCACCAAGAGGUAAAUUUUAGCAAUAACUUUUAAAACAUCUCUUUUAAAAAAAGAAAAAAGAAAAAAAAAAAAAAAUACCUCAGAGUGGAAUUAGAAAUCCAAAGCUAUUCUAAGGUUCUUGCUGUUUUCAAAGAAAAUGAUAUGUUGUUUGAUAUGUUAUAACCUGACUAUAAUGCACCUUUUAUUGAAAUAUGUUAGAGUGCCACUUUUAAUUCAUAAACUUCACAAUUACAGUGUGGCAUCUGCAGCAUUAACUGUUUAAACAACUUGAAAUAAAGUAUAUUUUGACCAUUUAA